CGCAGGUUCAAGACAGAUUCGUCACUGAACUUCGUUGACCCACAUCGCGGGUUGUUGCGCACGUGCCCUUCGGGGCGCGUACUCUCGUUUUCGCGAGAUCGGCCUGAAUUGAAACGACCCAAGCCACGUUACCUAUGAACAACGAGGUCGCAGGCCGUUGCGACUGCAAUUAAAUGCGCCUGCUGACAAGCCCGCUGAUAGACGAUGUCACUUAACCACCUGCCGGCGCUUAUAAACACCGGUGCGCCGAUCGCUGAGAAGUGAGAAGGAGAAGACGCACGUGACGCAAUUAAUUAAUGGCCUCGUUGCGUCCGUCAUCUCGGUGACGAUUAUGGCCGCAGCUUCUGUGUUCCAAUGGCAAACAGCAGCGUGUUCAGCCGGCAAUUACCGUUCGCUCGUUAAAUGUUGAAUCAAUAACGACCUUGGCGGGAUCGCGGGGAGACGUUUAGUUUGUGAUUGUCGAGCCGCCUCAGCCCCGCGGCAAAUAUAUAUCUGCUGUUUGUUGCCGUUUGGACAAGGUAGAGAUACGCACAAGCCGGUCCUUAUUCCUUCUUUCGAAAGCCGCACUCUUCACCUCGAGCUCUCUCGGGCUAAUGUUGGCUGAGAUGAGACACACACCCGAGAGUUGAGGCUGGACGAUCUUCUCGUCUUUGUUCCUUCUCUGCGCGCGGCCUUGGUGUUUUCGGGCGUCGAGCUUCGUCGAUGUUUAUUCUGGUGGCUCUCUUCCUGCCGAAUCUCUGGAACCCGACGGCCGAGGCGAGCGUGUUGGUCGCCGACACGACCAUGUCCAGGAUGGUGGAGCUGAACGCUGAUGCGCCUUUUUGCGCUCUUUACAACGACCGCGGGAUCAUCCAGAAAAUGGUCCUUGGGGCGGAUCCCAAGAAGGUUCGUCAAAUGUCCAGCAACCUGGUCGCUGAUCUCGUGGAAACCUGCAAGGCUUCGCGAGAUAGGGGCAAGGUGAGGCGCUUUGCCUGCAGGAAGAAUCAAAUGCCUGGCGGUUUGAUAUAUCCCGGCACCAAGUGGUGUGGGCCGGGCAACGUGUCCACUUCUUACGAGGACUUGGGUCAUCAUACAGCCGAGGACGCCUGCUGCAGGGAGCACGAUCAUUGCUCGUACACAAUAGCGCCGCAUGAGUGCUUACGCGGUAUAUGCAAUAAUUCACCGUUUACUCGCUCGCAUUGCGACUGCGACGCCAAGUUGCGCAGGUGUUUGCAGAAUGUCAAUACCGAGGUAGCGAACACUCUUGGCGCGCUUUUCUUCAACAUCAUACAAGUCACCUGUUUCAAGGAGAGACGCCCGUGCUCCCAGUGGCAAAGUUGCGAUUUGGAAUUCGUGAACGCAACGAGCUAUUUCUUAAGGCAACCGCAACGUAAUCAGGCAUUUGACAGAUCGCUAAUGAAGACUUUCUACGCCAUAAUUAGAAGAUUGACAGCGGGAUCGAGGGAUCUUUUUCAAAAUAUUGUUUUGUUCUUUUCGACGCAUCGCAAGAAAUGAAGAGAAUGGCUAUGCAGAGGCUGUAUCCGAUCGCUUAUGUUCGCAAUACAAGUUCCAACCUAGCGACAAGUACGUGCCUAUGAUGCCUUUGAACAUGAACAUGUGAAUCCGGAAGCGACAGAAGGACAGGCUAGCUAAUAAGAAGGCUAGCUAAAGGGCCCCCAUCCCGUUAUCACGGAGAUUACAUUAUGACAAUGACCAUUUAUUUACAUAUCAAAUUGCCGUCCUUACUGUCGCGCACCAAUGUGCACACU